AUAGGCAGGACAGAGUUGUGUGUUUAUACAGGUUGUGGCACAAUUACUGGGUAACAGGUGCCUUGUGUGUGCUUAUGUAUAAUAUAUCCACACACGUGUAUUUAAAAUUCAUAUAUAUAACUGGAAGCGGUGCAUUCAGUAGUUUUAGAAACUAGCUAUAGAGGGUGCUGGACAGAGCAGACUCUGCCUUCAUUUCACAAAGAGGGUGAUUCUUUACCUGGAUGAUGAGUUCCCCUUCGGGGAUGCAGGUACUGCCCCAUGCCAAGAAUGUUGUGGUGUUCCGGAAUGGGGAUCCUUUUCACAAGGGACGCCGGAUGGUGGUGAAUGAAAAGCAGUAUGUGACAUUUGAUACUUUCCUGAAUGAUGUUACCAGCUCUAUCCAGGCUCCAGCAGCAGUGCGCAACAUUUACACCCCUCUCAAUGGGCACCGUGUCGGCAGCAUCAAUGACCUGCUAAACAAAGGACAGUAUGUGGCUGGCGGGACAGAGAAGUUCAGAAAGCUUGACUAUCUUCACACUGAGGUUAAGCCUCCCGCUGUCCCCAAAAGCAGAGACACUCAGCAGGUUCCUCGUCAAGCAGAGAUUCCUUCUCGCUGGAGGGAGGACAACCACUUGCCAUGUAUCAUCCAUGUUUUCCGUAAUGGGGACCUUAGGACACCUCCAUUUCGUCUGAUCAUUGCCACAAGUAUUCUGAGGGAGUGGGAACUGGUCUUGACAUUACUCACAGAAAAGGCCAACUUAUACAGUGGAGCUGUAAGAAGGCUCUGCACUCUAGAUGGAGUAUCACUCUCUAGUGGAAGUGAGCUAGUCUCUGGGGAAUAUUACGUUGCAGUUGGAUCAGAGAAAUACAAAUGUCUACCAUAUGAGGAACUCCUGACGCUUCAUGGAGACAAGACUCGCAAAACUGUCAAGAGAAGAAUACCUAAAGCAGGGGUUGGAAAAGUUUACAGUGUAUCCCAGGAAGGAGCCAGUGACUCUGCUCUCAUUGGUCCUCCAGAACAGGGGCAUGGCCGCAGGGUCUGGUCCACUGGCGAAGAUGCUAAAGAGGAAGAAUCAAUCUUUUAUUCUAAACCAGUAAGAGUGCGUCCCACUCAGAAGAAAAAAACUGACCAGGAGACAAAUGAAGGGGAAGGAGUUUUUAAAGUGACAAAAACGCGUAGUGAGCUGGAAGGAGCCAAGGAAGUAAAGGAGGAUAAGCACACACGGGUGGAGGUGCCUGUUGACCAGAGAGUAGCAGAAGUUGUGCAGGAAGAAGACAUUCCCAAGAACAGAUGAACAGAAAAAAAAGAGGACGUUAUCUGAACUUUAAAGAUUAAGGCCCUGGCUCUGAAGAACCAUGAAAAAUCAGGAAAGCACACAGUGAUUUACUAAAUCUACACCCCUGGGAUGGUUUAAGCAUUUUUUUUUCUCAUUCUGAAGAAAAAAGAAACAACUUUGGGCUCUGCAAGAACUUAUUUGCCUGAUACUUUGCAUAUUUUCACAUCUUAUCCUAAUAGUAUUAUCAUAAACCCCAGAUCCACAGAUCAAUAGAAACAAAAUAUCUAUUUAUUAAUAAA